AUGCUGCCAUCGUUCUGUGAUGGCGCAAGCGGCGGCGCAGGGAAGAGGAAGCGGGAGGAUGCCGUUGAUGCAGGUUAUCUGACAGGGGGAGGGGAUGCCGGCAGUUAUUUGAUAGACCCGGGGGACGGCACCAGCGCAGAUCGCGCGGAAUUCCCCCCCGCGGAGCUCUUCACCGCGCGGAACUUCCCCGUGAGGCUGCCGCGGCGGAAGGGGAAGCGGAGAAAGGGCGGGCGGGAGGAGGAUGGGGACGAAAAGACCGAUCCAGGCACGGUAGAAGGCAGUUCGGCGGGGCAAGACUCGUGGGUGCUUCCAGUAACGGGGGAUGGGUUCCCUAUGACACCAUACCAAGAUGUGAUUAAAGCGGGGGAGAGGAACGUGGACUGCCCGUACCGGUCGCGCGGCGCGGGAGAGAAUCUGUACAGAUGCGCCAUGGGUUACGCCGCACUUGCCGGCGUGACUGGCGGGCUGGGAAAGCCCGUUUAUGUGGUUACCAGUGACGUGGAUAGGGCCGAGGACGUUCCGCAAGGCACGCUAAGAUGGGGUUUAAGUAACUAUCCCGAGGGUGUGAUUAUACGCUUUAAUAGCUCGAUGUUCAUUAGGUUACAGAAGCGGCUGUUUCUGCAAUCGCACGUGACGAUCGACGGUCGCGGCGCGAAUGUGAUUAUACGCGGAGGGAUGGUGCUGCAGAACAUCACGAAUGUGAUCAUACACAACGUCGCGAUCGGCGACCAGCGCGGCGAUCACGACGUGGUGCACAUAGCGGGCACGACGCGCGUGUGGAUAGACCACUGCCAGGUGUACAAGGCCCUGCGCGGUACAGUGGACGCCGUUUACGGCUCUACGGAUAUCACCAUCAGCAAUUCGUAUAUUAGCAACCGCAACCUGACCAUGCUGCUGGGAGCAGAGGACGACGGGGUAUACGACGUGGACAUGCGGGUAACGCUCUACCGCAACUGGUUAGACAAGUCGGGGCAGCGGCAGCCCAAGGCGCGGUGGGGAAGAGGAGAGUCCACGUGGCCAUCCACGUGGCAAACAGCCUCUCUACUUCUAACUGCACCUGUACAACUGCCUCUACAGCCGUAUCUAACCUUCUCACCUCCUUUCUCCUUCUCCCACACCUACUUCCCCUCAUAUGCCCAUCCAUACAGCAACCUCACCAUGUUAUUAGGCGCAGAAGACGACGGGGUAUACGACGUGGACAUGCGGGUAACCCUCUACCGCAACUGGUUUGACAAGUCGGGGCAGCGGCAGCCCAAGGCGCGGUGGGGGAGGGUCCACGUGGCAAACAGCCUAUACUCCAAAUGGUCCUACUACUGCCUCGGCGGCCGAAUGUACGCGGCAAUCCGUUCCGAUCGCAACAUUUUCAUCGCCGGGGACGCGCGAAAAGAACUCACCCCGUGGUUUGGCGAACGCGCCCUUUGGACGGAGGGGUUCGAUACGACCCCGGUGAUUCGCUCGUUUGGGGAUUUGCUGGUGAAUGGAGCGACUUUCACCGAGUUUAACGCGGAUUUGUCGAUUUUCGACCCGCCGUAUCGGCUGCCGAUGCACACUGCGGACCGGGAGCUCGCGCACUUUAUACGCGUUAAUGCAGGGCCUAGAAACGGGGAUGUUCCUGAGCUGCUGUGCACACCGCAAACCUGCUUCCAGUGA